AAAAGAAUUUUGACCAAACAAUUUAAAACCCACCGCUCCAAAACCUUCUGAAAAAUCAUUCAUCUUUCUAGUUUCUUCGAGACACCCAAUUCGUCAUGGGAUCGUACAGGAGAGCAAAGCUCGCAGUCGACGCCUUCCGCGGCUUCACGGCGAGGAUUACCCCCAAAGCCGCCGCCAGAGAGCCCAUCUCUCGCGUUUUCUCAACUGGGUCUUCCGCUUCCGUCUCCAACUCAGCUAAGUUUUCGGGGUUUUCUUCCAAUUCUUCAAUUUUACACAAAUCAAUUCCGCAACUUGGUAGAAUCACAAGAACAAUACAGUACAAAAGCCCCUUUCUUGAUUGCACUAAGAGAUAUUACUAUGUCGACCGGAAGCGGGUUCACCACUUCAAGCCGAGAGGCCCCCGUAGGUGGUUUGAGAGUCCCAGGAACGUUUUGAUUGUGGGUCUGGUGGGUUCUGGGAUUUUUAUCACCGUGUAUUUUGGGAAUUUGGAGACGAUUCCGUACACGAAGCGAACCCAUUUUAUAAUUUUGUCGAAAGCCUUGGAGAAGAGGUUGGGGGAGACCCAAUUCCAGCAAAUGAAAGAGAGUUUCAAAGGGGACAUUUUGCCCGCCAUACAUCCGGAUAGCGUGCGCGUUCGGUUGAUUGCCAAGGAUAUAAUAGAGGCUUUGCAGAGAGGGUUGAGCCAUGACGUGACCUGGACUGACGUGGACUAUGCGUCCGGUAAAGUGGAGCUGGCACAUGAGAGUGGUGGCAAGGACACUUUGAUGGCACUGCAGGAUCCUCCGGAGGAGGGGAAGUGGUCCCGUGAGGAUGAGAUUCUUGAUGAUCGAUGGAUUGAGAAGAGUAGGAAGACAAGUAGGGAGAGAGGUUUGAAAGCUGCCACUUCGCAUUUGGAUCAUUUGAAUUGGGAGGUUUUGGUGGUGGAUAAGCCCAUUGUCAAUGCAUUUUGCUUGCCGGGUGGGAAGAUUGUCGUCUUCACGGGGUUGCUCAAGCAUUUUACAAGUGAUGCCGAGAUAGCGACGAUCAUUGGUCAUGAGGUUGGCCAUGCUGUGGCUCGACAUUCUGCAGAGACUAUUACAAAGAACCUGUGGUUCGCAAUUCUGCAACUGGUGCUUUAUCAAUUUGUUACGCCUGAUGUUGUCAACACAAUGUCCAAUCUUUUCUUGAGGCUUCCUUUCUCCCGAAGGAUGGAAAUUGAAGCGGAUCACAUUGGGCUUCUGUUGAUUGCUUCUGCUGGAUAUGAUCCCAGAGUGGCUCCAACUGUGUACGAGAAGUUGAGCAAGGUUACUGGUGGUGAAUCUGCACUCAGAGAUUAUCUUUCAACCCAUCCAUCCGGGAAAAAGAGAGCUGAAUUGCUGGCUCAAGCUAAGAUCAUGGAAGAAGCACUCGCUAUAUACAGGGAUGCAGGAGCAGGACGUGGGGUUGAAGGCUUUCUUUAGUAUAGUCGGUAAUCACCAGUGCAACUACAGUUCCAUUUUUUUCCAUUUAUUUUUUUCGUUGUUUUCAAAGAUGUUCCUGUAUCUGCAUGUUUGCAGUUGGAGAACUCUUUCCGUUAAGUUUAGGUGAUCCGAAUACUUUGGUAGCCCUGAAAAUAUGCCCAGAACUUAUACGGAAGAUGCCCGAAGAAAUGUGAAUAAUGGGGUUCUCGUUGAGAUUACAGUUUUUACUUUCUGUUCAUGCUGCCUUGGAUGGUGGUUAAGAUUUAACAUUCAGGGCUUCCUGUAAAAGUUGUAUAAAUUUCACGCCCAAAUUCUGAUCUGUGUAUUUCUUUAUUGUGAUAGAAACCUAGAAGCAAGAUUCGAAUGUAGGUGCGAUUGCGCCACGUUUGGUAUCUAAGAUUGGAUUGAAUCA